UCAUGCCCCCCAUAUACUGUGCCAGAGGUCCCUGCCAGCUUGGCAUGUCGCCGCCCAUCCCACUUUCGCCCUCAUCCACCUGUCCUGGUCUGCCGCCCUGACCGCCCACAUGGCCUCUUGGGCAUCCCACUCCCAGAGGUCAUGGCGCUGCGGUUGCUCACUCCAGUACCAGCCCCCGUGGAUGUUGUUGUGCACCACGUCGUGCACGACGGCCAUCGGGGCCAUCUCGGCGGGGACCAGCACCUUCGUGAAGCAACUCACCAUGUUCUCCAGGCCUGGGGCGGGCACAUAGGGAGGCUCUGGGUGGCGCUGCGGGGAGGAGCUCGGUGGUGGCGGCGAUGAGGGAGUCGUCGUCUGCUGCCGGUGCUGCCAGUGCUGCUGGUGCUGCUGGUGCUGAGUCAUGGCCGGUGCUGCUGUGGCGCCACCGGGCACGAAGUCCUUGGCGAACGGGUUGAGCUGGUGCUCCCGGCUGGUUGCGGUGCUGGUGGCUGCCUGAGUGACUGCUACCGUGUGUGGGAUGGCGGGGACGGCCUGGGGGGUCAGGGGUGAGUCCGGCAACGCAUCAUAGGACGCUGGGGACCCACCAGGCGACCCUGACCCCGUCUCGGCACCAGAGUCGUCGCCUGAACCAGACAGACAGACAGACAGAUCAAUGAAGUGAGAUACCAUCCAUCACCAUGCUAGAUGCCUUCCUCUGGUGUGUAUUUCUUUGCCCACCCUCAGUCUGCACUCUCUUGAGAGCCGGCGAUGCCGCCGCACUGCAGGAGUAGGGGAUGCCGGACUCCACAGCCUGGCGCACAGCUGCCGACUCCAGCAGCUCCAGCCCUCUAAACAGCCGCUCCUCCAUCUCUCGCAGCGACGCCCUCUCCCUCUGCUUGGUUCGCAGCCCCCCUGCUGCCGUGGCCCCCAACAGGUCCACCCAGCUCUUCGUCCACUCCACGCCGGGCGUGGCGAAGAAGGCGGCGAGUGGGCAUGUGGGAUGCCCAUGGUGGAGGGGGUGGUGGGUGUGGCCGUCGAUGAGCUUGGGCAUGUGCUCCUCCCACUGCAGGGCCAUCUGCUGCUCCCUCCUCAGCUUGACGUGCUGCCACUCUGCACCCGUAGGAGGGACGGGGAGCCCCGCCAUGAUGGUUUCGAAGACGGGGCGGCCUCGGAGGGCGGCAAGGUAGCUCAUGCCGACUCCCCACGAGAGGCUCGGCUCACCGACGAGCACGGCCUCCUCCUUGCCUCUCCCCGUCAGCAUGCCCUCCGACCGCAACUCCUUGCGCUGCUCCUGCCACCCCGCGAAGAUGGCGUCGGUCGUCGGGUCGCCACUGGUCGACGCGGCGUCUUGGUCGGCAUCCUCGUCCUCCUCAUCAUCCGGCCCCAUCAUCACCACGAAGUGCUCGGGCGACAUGUACCAGUUGGUCCCCUCCGGUGGCGCCUCCUGUGCCUCGGUGUCGAGGGGAAUGCGAGCGGCUCUCGGGCCCAGAAAGGCGGGGUGUGCGUAUGGGCGGGGCGACGGGGGCGCUGCGUGGGCCUUGGCGAGGUCGAUCAUGACGGUGCCGUUGACGGAGGGGUGGCGCUCCAGGGUGUGGUCUCGGCCGCGGAGGGCCUCCCAGGGCAGCAUGAUGUUGUUGACAAACCCAUCCAGGCAGUACACGCCGUUCAGACGCGCAAGCCCGGUGGGCCUGUGUGGCCAGGACGAGGGCCUUCUGGAUGACCUUGACGGCAUCCAGCACCUUGGUCCACGCCUCUCUGGUGUUGCUGCCCUGCAGAAAAUCCCUCACGACCGCCACGAGGUUGUACUUGAGCCGCUCCUGCCUCUCCUUCUUCGUCCACCCCAACAAGACCGACAGCUCGACGUAGACCUCAUCUGCACGCACGAACAGCACACACAGCCACACACACAAAGGUGUUCGUGCUCUGAUGGUCCUUCCUGUCCCUUCUCCCCAACACAUGCAGUGACACUCUCAGAAUCUGCCCUCUUAUCGCUCACCGAGCAGCGGCGGCAUGGCUAUGCACAGGAUGUCUACAGUGCUGCCGUCAGGGCGGGCGGUGUCGGCCGCGAGCAGUCGCAGAAAGGGGGGCCGGCCUCGCCGCUCCUGCAUCCGCCUCACCUCAGCCUCCAUCUCGCUCCUCGCCCUCGUCUUCUCUGCCGCCGUCAGCCCCCCCAGCUCCCUUGUCUUGAUGGCUACAUCGUCGGUGUCCUCUGGGGGGCUGUAAUGUCGUCGCGGCAGCCUCCCUCUCAGCGUGGCGCUCCUCUCGUUAUCAAAUGUGACGGUACGGCCGUCGAUCCACUUGAGCUGUGACGCAGACAU